AUGACUUGUCUCCAAAAACGACUUCUUAUCUCCCCUUGUGCCCUAGGUCUGGUUCCAAAACUGUCGCGCAAAGACCAAGCAGCAGGCAAAGAAGGCUGUGCCCGCCACCUCCGUGAACCCGUUCAAGCUUGGCCGCGCCGGUCCAUCAUCUCAGGCAUCUCUGUCGACUGGACGGGGCGCUCCCUGCACUCCUCGCGCAGCUCUGUGGUCUGCAUCCUUUGGGACAACGCGGCGAUCAAGAUCAUGAAGGAGAUGAUGCCACAAGAGCGGCGCACGCUGCACGGGCAUGACCAUGACAAGGAGCGCCAGGAGAAGGAGGAGGACAAGAAGACGAAGCGCGAGAGGAGGCGGCCGUCCGAGAACAGCCAGGGUGAGCCGGAGGACUUGUUUUGGCAGCCAUGCGCGACUACUGCGUGGCCUGGAGCCCUUUGA